UUACUCUUGCACAUGUGCAGAGGUGAGAAAAUCAUGUUAUGGCGUAAAUGUUGUCACAUCUGUGUAUGUAAUUUCCUUGCGUGGGACAGAUGCUCUGCGCGUUCCGCUUUCCACUUUCCUCAAGCCGCAGUAGUGCAUGUGAGUGCGUAAAGAAAACAUUUAUCCUACUUAAGCUGUUAUUUUGAGCUAGAGAAAGUUGGCUUUAACUGUUUUUCAGGUGUGCAGAUCUGCUAGGGCAUCAUCAGUUCUCCGUGAAGCGCACAGGUGAAUUCAAAUAGAGACACCGGUUUCAUACCUAAUAUUUCCAGCCAUAUUGAACAGGACAACAUCGAUCUUCUCCUAUGUUUGGAACGACCUUUGUAAACAUGACGAGUUUGAAGGCGUUUAGUAAAAAAGCCGAGACGUAUGCAGGGAGAAUGUCCUCUGAACCAGUGGAGGACACAGACCCCAGCAGUUUCAUUACAGAGAUGUCUCUGAGGUCGAACUACCCUGUUCAGGUCACUAAUCCACAAGAUUCUGUGACACUGAAGCUCAGCUCUGUUCCCCCUGAUUACUUGACUCCACCAGCAGACAGGAUACAACAGCCUGUGGAAAAUGAUGGAAGCAAAUUUAUUCCAUCGGCUACUGUUUCAUCAGACUUCAGCAAAGAACAUACACCCUUGUGCUUGUGUUCUGCCCCUCCUCCCAAAAUCAGCGACUUGAUGAACGAUGAAGACCUUUUGUACACCCUGAGACUGAAGCUUGACCCAACUCACUGCACUGUAAAAAACUGGAAGAACUUUGCGAGUCGCUGGGGGAUGAGUUACGAUGAGCUUACGCUUUUAGAGCAGCGCACACACGGAUCUACCUACCACAGCCCUACUCAAGAGUUCCUACUUCGCUACAACCAGAAACCUGUUAAGGAGCUCACCGAACUCUGCCAGCUUUACCAGCGCAUCGACGUUCUAAGAUUGCUCCAGAGAUGGAUGGAAAACGACUGGCCUUCGCGCUGGCAGAAGGCCCAUUAAAAGGGGCUCAGUGAGAACAAUAACUAGACUUCAACGCAGCAAAGUUUUUGUAGAAUCUGAAAUUAAUGACUUCAGGGAUGGACGGUGAGUCAGAACACACACUACUAAGCAGUGGUGGUGUCUGGAUAUUGUUUACACUGUUGUAAAUGGUUGUAAGACCUUCAUCGACUCAUCAGUUACAUUGGUUGCAUCAACUCAUUUCAUCACUCCAGAUUUCAGUAUUUUUUAUGAUGUCACAUUCUUGAAAUGGAGGUAGUAUCUAUGUGGUUGGAAGGGAUGACAAACAAAUACAACAGUGGCAUCAAAGCACUGGAAAGGCCACACAUCUGGAAAUUCUUUGUUGGUCUGGUCAUAAUGGACAUGUAUGGCAUUUCAUUUAUAUUUGCUGUAAAUGACAAUAGUCAUUUCAUCUUUACUUCUGGCGUCACCGUGAUUGUUAGGGUUGUCUCUUGAAGUGUUAUAAGUCCUUAAAUGAGUCAUUACACUCAAAAUCCAAAUUAGUUUUGAGACAGUUUCACCAUUAGUGUUGCCUGACCUUCUAUAAUGACCUGUGACUAAAUCUCAAGGGAGCGGUUAGUGUCGUGCCUGGAAAGGAUUCUCAAGACUGAAUGGUUGAUAAUCAGGAUAUUUCAGUGCUAAAUUAAUGUAAUAAUUUUGUGACAUUUUCUCUCAGUUUCUCAUUGUAACAAAUCCUAAAAUGUAUUAAAUCCAAAGAUAAAAGCAGAUUAGAGGUAGUUUUAUAAGAUGCGAUACAUUUUUCUUUACUUGGAUUGUUCAUCAUUUCCCAGAUGGUAUUAGUGCAUUGUCAUUUUGAUGUCGAUUGUGAGUCACAUGUACAAAAUCAGUUCCUGAAGGGUCCCAUUUCAAAGCAACAUAAGACAACAGAGUUAAUAGGGUAUAAAAAUGUAUGUUAAGGUUAAACUCUUGGCAUAGAUUUGAUUUAAAUAUAGUCUUGAAGUUAUAGGGUACAGGAAGAUCUGUGCAGGAAACCUGAUUAUUGAUUAAUUUUGGCCCUCAUUCAUAAAAUAUAAACAGAUCGAAUUUCUGAGAACAUUUUUGUAAAUUGGUAAAUGCAACAUUUUAUGUAAGAAUGUUUUUUUUUUUACAAAAGAUUUAAUUAAUUGCUUGUGUUUCAUGAAUGUGGCCCAUUGUGUGUUACGGGUUCUUGAAGGGGCUAGUUAAACAUUAAGAUUUCCAAGUUUUGGAAAACAUAAAAGGGCUCUAUUUUCUCGAGUGUGCAAAGCGCAGCACUAUGCGCAGUGACUGUGCUACGUCUUAUCCCAAUAUCGUGAGAGUGCAAAUUCAAAGUGCAAUUUCCAUGCCAGCUCAAAGUUCAAGUGGGUGGGAGUGAUUAUGCUAUCUGUGGGUGUAUUGUAUGUCAAUCAAGUGGCGCAAAGCGCAAUUUGCUAUUUUCCUGAGAGAUAGAUCGUUGCGCUGAGACGUUUCAAAAGUAGUUCUGUUUUCAGCGCAAAGUCCAAACUCGGUUCCUGCAUUUGCCAUUUCCACCGGCUGGUGGUAAUAAAGUUAAUGUCCAAACUCUUAAAAUAUAGUGGAACAUCAAAUUAUGUCUGUGACUAGUUGUAGGUGUCUUGUGAAAGAAAUAUUUAUGAUAUUUGUGUUAAACCUCCUAUAGGUCAUGGUUUAUGUUUUAAUUAUCAUUAUUAUUGUUUAUAUUCAUAAUUAAUCUAAUUAUAAUAACUAUAAUUAUGAUCCCAUUUUUAUUGAUAUUUUACCACCUGUUGUCAUAGGGUGAUUUUUAAAUUACUAAUUUUUAUGCUGCUAGUGAAAGAAGUUGUUUGGUUUUGGUAUAUUAUUAUUUUAUUUAGAUUUUUUUUGUGUUUCAUUAAAUUAAUGAAAUCUUUUUUUUAAAUCAAAAUCAACCCAUAGAAGUGCUUGCCGAUACAAUUACUUUAAUACUAGCCAUGAUUUGUGUGUCAGUAGAUGAAAAUUGUUAAUAAUACUUACAUUACUUGCGGUCCCUAUAAUUUAAUGCAGCGUACAUCCAAAUCCUGAAGAGAAUACAAUUUUCUGUAUUGUGUCUAUAUUAUUCUAAUUCAUUGAAUGCAGUCAGUUUACACUACCAACUUCUUAUGAAUAUGCUGUCUUUGUUUGUCACUGGUGCUUAACAGAGAAUGGACUGUAGGCUAUAGUAGGAUGCAGACAGUGCAAUAACCGGAGAAGAACCUCAGAAUUAAAUUGAAUUUGACCCAGCCCAAUAGCGCUUUUUGCGUGCGAUUUCACCAAACCCACUUAUUGCUAGACUUGGCACAUGCUUAAAUGAAAAUAUCCAAGCUUCAUUGCCAUGCCCACUGAAUUUGCACUUAUGGCAUAGUGCUGCGCUUAGCAUUAGCGCUCUUAAAAUAGGGCCCAUAAUGUCAUGUACAAUGUAAAACUUUGUAUCCAUACAGUCAAUUACCCAUUGCACUGCUCACUGAGCACUUAAAUUGUUUGGUUUGAAUGGCACUUAUAUUUUAUUUUUUGAAUUUUAUAUAGUUUCAGCAUUGAUCUCUAAUGACUUUUAAGGAAGGAGCAGUAAACAUGCUGUAUAACUGCACAGAACAUUGGAUCUGGAACUUGAUCUGACUUUCUUAAAUAGUGCAACUCUGAUAGUAUCAAAAUGUAGGGAGUUGGUGGUCAAAGUACCACAUAUAUGAAGUUUAAACAUUUGUGGUCAAAUGCCAUUUAAAAGUAUAGGUAGUAAGUACCUCUUCUGAGCUUUUUUAAAAAGCCAAAGUUUUUAGUAUGUUUGGUGUUCUGCUGUACUUUACCCACCAUUUCGUUCCCUGUGCCUUUAAAUUACAGAAAGCCAUAUUAUUUGUUAUGAAUUGUGGGCUCUCUCUGUUUAAAAAUAAAAUUUUACAU